AUGUUGACUUUUGGUGUUCGAACUGGACUGGAUCUGGCCCUCUUCUGCUCAGGUAUGCCGUUUCUCCCUCGUGCUUUCCAUGCCUGGAUGAGUUAUGGGCUGAUGGGUGCUGGCAGUGGCAAAGUUUGGGGGUGCAGGUUUUCUCCGCUGAAUCCUUUGGUUUGUAUGAUGAGACUGAUCAAAAUUUUUAAAAAACACUCUGUAAGUCAGAACUUGUUAAGAGGUGUUCCACUGGUGGUAAUUUGGAGAUUAUGGAGGGAGCGAUGCAGAAGGGUCUAUGAAGAUAGCUCACUCUCGGCCUAUGCUGUGUUUCUAGAUAUCUGCUCCACUCUGCGUCUUCAGGCUUAUGGCGUUAGACCUAAAGAUAAGGAAGGCAUGAUUGGUAUGGAAUUCUUGAGGGCAUUAAAGCUGAUUUUCUUUCCAACUGGUUCUCUCUGUGAUGUGGUGCUUUCAGUUUGGAGGACUCUGCUGGUUUCCCUUGUUCCUGCUGGUUUUUCAGGCAACAUCUGUUUCUUUAAUGCUGUUGUGGGGGUUCUCAUGUUGCUUUUCUGCUGCUUGUUGUCUGGAUGCACUGUUCAUGUGAACUGCUUCGCGAUUGCUGCAGAUUGUCUCUUCCAGCUGAUCUCAGUUGAUGUUGGUAUUUCACGGUUCUGUUCAGCAGCAUUUCUUCUCUGUCCAAGUCCACUGCUCACCGGGAUCCCAGCUGCUUUCUCUUAUGGUGUUACUGCUGCCUUUUCUGAUGAAUUUCAGCUGCCUCUGCUCUCACCCUUUGCAGCUGCUUUUCAUGCGUCUGUUCACCUGAUUACAGCUGGAAUUUCAGCUGCUGUUCAACUGGAUUAA